AUGUCCUUUAUAAAACAUAAUACAAUGACAGUUCUACUGGUGUGUCUAUCAAUGAUAUUAGUUAUAGAAGCCAACCCUGCCAACUUCCUUAAGGACAUCACCAACGGAAUUGCUAAGGAGGCGAUCGCAGUAAAGAAACCCGUGCUGGAAACGGUUGUGGAACUCACCUUUAGUCAGUGUGAAGCUAUAAAGAAGUUAUUCGGUCUGGACUACAAUAGAAUAAGCAAGAGCACCGACAUCGAGCCGGACCUCAAUCAGCUCACACUCAAAUACGUCACACCUUUGCUGAACAUAUCUCUGAACAUCAACACGGCAGCGCGUCUGCUGCCGAAAUCGCCGGAGUUCAACAAUGAAAAUUUUGUGAUCUACAUACAUGGUUUCACCGACAACCCGAAUAAGAAAUCUUUCGGCACCAUCAGCAAUGGAUUCCUCCAUAGAGGAAUGUACAACAUUUUGGCGCUAGAUGGCAGCACUUUGAUCCAUUGGUUCUACCUGCGCUCCACGACUUACGUGCGGUUCAUGGGGGAGAAACUGGGCAGCAUCCUCGCUGACCUGGUCAAAGAGGGUCUUCCGGCGUCAUCUAUUCACAUAGUAGGUCACAGUCUAGGCGCACACAUCUCCGGGUUCACUGGCAAACAGUUCCUGAAGCUGACCGGGCGGCGCGUGGGGCGCAUCUCGGCAUUAGACCCGGCGGGGCCGUGCUUCUCGAACCUGGAGCCGGACCUGAAGCUGCACGCCGAUGACGCGGACUACGUAGACGUCAUACACACUAACGGUGGAGUCGCUGGGUUGAAGGAACCUGUCGGACAAGUGGACUACUACCCGAACGAGGGUAAACAGCAGCCCAACUGUUUAAUAGACACGUGUAGCCACAGCCGCGCGUGGGAGGUGUUCGGGGAAUCUCUGUACAACGAGACAGCGUUCCCGGCCGUACGAUGUGACAGCUGGGAACAAUUCAAGAAAGGGAACUGCAGUGGUAUGAGUUACAUGGGAAUAGCGUCGCAGCCUGGUACCACCGGUAAUCACUAUCUGCAGACGGCGGCAUCACCACCAUACGGGCUCGGUAUUGCCGGAACACAGUAUAAAAAUAACGUUGGAUUCAUAGAAAAUUUAUUAGGAUAA